AUGAGCCUACUAUUGUAUAAAUUAUCAAAAAUUAUUAAUUCAACACUAUCAAAAAGUAAACUUAUUUGUACUGAUUCUGACAUCAAAGGACCAUUCAACUCGAACUCAGUAUUCAAACUGUUUCUAAUGCUUCUCCUUCCUAUUGCUAUAUGCUUGAUAGUAUUAUUAAUAUGGCUUUUUGUUAUGAUUAUCAAUAAAAACUGGGUGAAAGAUAUCAAGAGGAACUUGACAAUAUCAUUUAUCAGCAUAGUAUUUAUCCUCCACCCCAAACUCACCGAGUCAAGCAUAAAUGCUUUCAGAUGAGUCAAGAUAGACGACCAUAUGUAUUCAGCAAGGAUCGACACAGACAUUGAUUGAUACUCCGGAACCCACUUGAAAUGGUGUUUCCUUAUAGCAGUCCCAAUUCUGGCAACAUGGGUAAUAACUCUCCCUAUAAUUGGUUUAGUCUUGUUAUACAGAGCUAGAAAGUCAAAGAACACUAAAAUGUUAGAGACUUUCUUGAUUCUGUACCAAGGCCUGAAAGAUGACAUAUUUUACUGGGAGUUUGUGAACACCCUCAGGAAAAUAUUUAUAGCCAUUUCCUUCUUGUUCCCCAUUAACUACAAAAUUGGAUUUGCUAUCAUAGUAAUGAUUGUAAGUGAGAGAUUAGAGAGAAGAUUGAAGCCUUACAAGUCUGAUGAACACACAAAUGCUUAUCUACUCUCAACAACUGCAGGAAUAACAACUCUAAAUGCAGGUUACGUAUAUGAACAGAACGAGAAUAUCAGCCAUCUGAAUUUUCUCAUACUUUUGGUUAUCAUAGUUAUUAACACAAUGUUUAUGUUGGAAUGGCUCUAUUUAUGUCUGAAGUGAUUCAGACAGAAAUCCAAAAUCAUUGGUUACGCAUUCUCCUUGGUAUCCAAAAUACUUUGCAAGAAAGUCAAGAAGACAGAAACUGAAGAGGAGCCUGAGGCAAUCCAACAACCUAAAGAACAGAAAUAAAUCAAGAAAAAAGAAAAUAAGGAAAAUAAGAAGUAAAUACAAGAAAAAAGGAUCAAAAAUGAUAAGAAAGAAAGCUACAGAGCAAGCAUAUUAUACAACUCAACGAGAUCUUGUCUACAAUCCAGGAAGCUGAAGUCUAUCAAAUAACAGAGAGAAUUUCUCAGAAACUUAUUAA